AUGUCAGAACAAAGUAAAAGAUCUCCGAUCCAAGAAGACGUGGCGCCGGAGAAAUUAGAUGCUCUGAAUCUCCAAGAAGACGAUGGCGAAACAAGGGUGACAACUCCUCUACCAUCUUCUGAUGGGGAAGCUUCUACUGCAAGAAACUCGGCGAUGAGCCCGCAGCCUGCUGCUUCGCAAGAGAACGGUUCUGGUAAAGAAGCUGCUCGUCCCUUCCAUGCCAGCUUGAGUGACGAAGAAGCACACACUUGUAAUCUUUCUCCGACUUUGGCAACGCCAGCUGAACGUCCCGCCGGUAUAAAGAUCGUUCCACAGAACAAGAAAAUGAUGGGGGAUAAGAAUCCAAGAAAUGAAUUACCCAAUGAAGAAGAAAGAGAGUCUACCCACGAUUGGAAACGAAGCGCCCGAUCAUUCUCUGAAGAAAUAUGCAGAGGAGAAGCGAAUAAAAGAAUAAGGUCUUCUUCUGCAGGGGAAGCUUCUAGUGCAAGAAACUCUGCUUCACCAAAAAAUAGUCCCCCAAGAAAUGAACCGAUUGAUGUUUUUGUGGAGAGGGUUUGGACAGAUGUUGAUACAGAGAUUGGAUUCUUGAAUAACAUUAUUGACUACAACAAAAUAAAAGGGGAAUACCCAUUUCAUAAUUUGGAAGCUUUAGAUGAUUUUACAGAGAAUUGGCUUCGUGUCGAUGUUCCUGAAUAUGAGCAACUAAUUCAUGAAGUUAGAAAGCUGAGGAGGAAAUACUUGUUGACAAUGGCAAGGAGGGGUCCGAAAGGGGAUUUUGCAGAUCCUCUCGUUCAAACAGCAUUCGAUUUGGCGUUUAUAUUAUGGGGCGAUGAAAGUGAUAAACAAUAUUGGCUGAAUCUGAAAUAUACAGCACCUCAACAGGAUGAAGCAAGUGGUACAACUUCUAGUGAAUGA